UUUCCCCACCCAUAACUGGAUCCGUCAACCACCCAAAAAAGAAGAAAAAUACCCCGAGACUUCUCCAACUCCUCUGUUAUGAACACUUAUUUUGUAAACCGUAACUGUUAUUUCUCAUGCAACGGUGAAGUAAAAUUCAGCGAAAUUAGAGAAAUUGCUGGUCACCUUCAUUGAAACUAGUGCUCAUCUUCGAGUUUCUUCUCAUCAAGGACAAAUUUGAUAGUGAUGACAUAAAUGAUCAACGAGAUCAUGUCUUGAAACAUAUGAGAAAGUUAUGGAAUAAUUGGAGAGGAUCACUGCACAAGAAUAUUAAGUCUAAGCCAUUUCGUGAUGCUCUAAAAGAUGUACCAAAUGGGGUAGACAAGAGUGAUUGGGAAUGGCUUGUUAAGGAGCAUUUUUUAUCAGAUAAUUUUAAGGAAAAAAGUGUAAGAAACUCGGUCAAUAGGUCUAAGUUGAGUAUGUCUCAUUGUACGGGUAGUAAGCCAAUUAGAGAGAUCAUUUAUGAAUUGGGAGGUAAAGAUGGCAAUCCACCAGAUGUGGCAACUAUCUUUUUUGAGACUCGUAAGAUGGACAACAAGCUUGUUGAAUCUGAAACCAAUGAAAAAUAUUCUAAAAUCCAAGAAGUGGUGCAAUCUGAAUCGUCUCUUACAAACAUUGAGGUUGUAGAGAGGUGCUUUGGACCUCAACGCAAGAGUCAUGUAGUUGGAUUUGGUGGUGGGAUAACUGCUACGGAGUUGAAAGGUGGUAACUCUUCGAAAGCUGCAUUAUUAGAGAAGUUGAAUGCUACUAAAAAGGAAAAUGAAUCACUAAAAGGACGACUGGAAGGGCUAGAGAGUAAAUAUGAUAUGUUAGACAGUAAAUACGCACAGCUUGCAAGUGCAGUAUUUGAUCAGCCUUCAUCACCAUCUUCAAUUGAGCAAUAAAUUAAAUCAUUUAACAGGUUAGUAGAUUGAAAUCCUAUUGUAGUCUUUAAUAAAAUUAUUGCAAUGCUCAUGUGGAAUUUUUUAUUUUUUUAUUUUUUUAAUGUUAUUAAGGUUUAUGAAUAAACAAAAAUAUAGUCAUUGAAACAAGUGCCUUUAAGUAAGAAUGAAGUUUCAAAUAUUUGUACAUGUAUAGCUAGGUUACAAUCUUUAUUAUCCUGUUAUUGAUAAGUCUAGAAAUGUUAGAGGAGAUUUUCUUGGCAGCUAUUCAGUUUCAAGAACAUAUUGACUAUAUUUCUGUGGAUCCUUUUGAUCAGAAUUUGUCUUAAGAAACAUACGGUAACUUGAAAAUUGUUAUAUAUCUCAAGAACAAAUUGCCCUACAGCGUAUGUGACAAAAAUCUCGAUGGUUAGAACUGCAAGUCAUGUUUGCGACAAAAAUUAUUUUUCUUUGCUGAUAUUCUAAUGAUUAAUCUUAUUUGUUUCCCAUGGAAUCAUCUGUUCUAUGGUUAAUGGAAUCAU